AUGAAUGCACAGCAAUGCAUGCACAAUAUGUAUGAGCCAAGGAAAAAACAACACGAAAUAAAAGCGCCUGCUCAACCUCACAACUGCAAGGGCUUAAAUCACUCUUCUGGGGCAACGAACUUAACUGAACAACCCAACAAGUUGGUAUUCAAUUACCCAAAACGGGGGUCCGCCAAUGACUCAGAAGGAAAGGGAUACGAUGGUACGGAGCUGCUGUACGUUACAUGGUUUCAUUCUGGCACAGACCAUGCAGAUACCCUUAAGCACUUAGGAAAAAAAGAUGUUUUUCAUGUAUCGUAUCGGUAUAGCACUUUAAAACGACGCACAAGUAAUACGCCUUCAUCAAGUCGGUCCACGCAGCUUAAAAGCCCAAGGGCUGAGUAG